UCAUAACGGCUUCGGCACUCGUGGCGCGCGUCUCGCACGCGGCACUAGCAGCAGCAACAGCAGCACAACCAAAAGCACAAACAGAAUUUAAAACAAAACAAAAACAAAAUAUUAAACACUGAGGGUUAUUACAAAAUUUUUGAAACAUUAGCGCGCUCGCGUUUAAAUCACUUUUUUUUUGUUUUUUGUUUUUUGUUUUUUUUUUUUUUUUUUUUUUUUUGUUCGUUCGUUUUUUCCCCCGUUGUGCAUUGUGUUUACACGUUGUUUUUUUUUCGAAGAAUUUUCGAAAAGUGCGCGAGUCUAAAGUACACACGAUGUGGCGGCCAUAGAAAGUUGGAGCAAUGUUAUGGCUACUAUAUGUUAAGUUCCAAUCGAGAGAUAAACACAGUUCGUCACUAAAGUACGCCAAAGUGUUUGCGAGCAAAGCAAACAAUAUCCAAAUUCAAAACAAUCGAAAAACGAGAAACUGCAAUGGCAGCUAUGCCAUUUGAUGAUAAAUAAUGCAACUGGCUGGCGAUAGCGAGGCCGGCAGUAUGCCCACCAUCAUUACCACAAGCACAAGCAGCAACAGCUUCUUGCAGAGAAUCGCUCUUAAGGCGGUCACAGCUGCAACAACGACCAAAGAUCGACUCAUUUCCAUAGUGGAGACGGACUCUCCCGCGGGCAGCCAUAUGGACCCUAGCACCGCAAUGACAACCACAUCGAUAACCGCAACAGCAACAGCAACACCAGCAGCGACAGCGACAGCAUCAGAGCUCAGUCGGUCUGAUGUGCUCAAUGCGAGCAUUGAGGCCACCACAGCUGUCGGCAUGGAUACAGUUAAGACGGCAACAGAGUCCGGACUCCCAACCGUAUCUGGCACCACCCUUCCAUCGUGGAACUCGUCCUUCAACUCUGCCCUGGCCAACAACUAUGACAACUGCUCGGCUAUGUUUGCCAAUUACACGCACCCGCAGACAGGACUCUAUUGCAACUGGACUUGGGACUCGCUACUAUGCUGGCCCCCAACACCCGCUGGAAACCUCGCCCGCAUGAACUGCCCCGCUGGCUAUCAUGGAGUUGAUACACGCAAGUUCGCGAAUCGGAAAUGCGAGCUGGAUGGCCAUUGGGGCGGACGACCCAACGAAACGGAACCCAACCACGCCGGCUGGACGGACUACGGGCCAUGCUAUAAGCCGGAGGUCAUACGCCUGAUGCAGGAAAUCAAGGAUGUAAACCUCUACAUUGACAUUGCGCAACGGACACGGACACUGGAGAUCAUUGGCCUAUGCCUGUCCCUGCUCGCCCUCAUCAUCUCGCUGGUGAUAUUCUGCGCGUUUCGCUCGCUCCGCAACAAUCGCACCAAAAUCCACAAGAACCUGUUCAUCGCGAUGGUGCUGCAGGUGAUUGUCCGACUAACCCUCUACCUGGAUCAGUUUCGUCGCGGCAUUCAAUACAAUUCAAGUCUAUCGGCUAUCGAGAAUACGCCCUAUCUGUGUGAGGCAUCCUAUGUACUGCUCGAGUACGCACGCACCGCCAUGUUCAUGUGGAUGUUCAUCGAGGGCCUCUACUUGCACAAUAUGGUCACCGUCGCUGUGUUCCAGGGUAGCUUUCCGCUAAUCUUCUUCUCGCUGCUCGGCUGGGGUAUGCCCGUUGUGAUGACCUUUGUGUGGGUGCAGUGCACGGCCAUCUUCAUGGACACCGCCCUCGGCGACUGCAUGUGGAACUACAACCUAACACCCUACUACUGGAUCCUGGAAGGACCCCGCCUGGCCGUCAUACUGCUAAACUUCUUCUUUCUGGUCAACAUCAUACGAGUGCUGGUGGUAAAGCUGCGCCAGUCCCAGGCUAGCGAUAUCGAGCAGACCCGGAAGGCAGUCCGGGCGGCCAUUGUGCUGCUGCCUCUAUUGGGUAUUACGAAUCUAUUGCAUCUGGUGCCAGCACUGAAGACAGCUUGGAAAUUCGCCAUCUGGAGCUAUGUGACCCACUUUCUGACCUCCUUUCAGGGCUUCUUCAUUGCGCUCAUCUAUUGCUUUCUGAACGGCGAGGUGCGCGCUGUGCUGCUAAAGAGUCUGGCCGUCUGGAUGUCGGUGCGCGGACAUCCGGAGUGGGUCCCGAAGCGUGCGUCCAUGUACUCAGCUGCCUAUAACACAGCACCGGAUACGGAGCCACCGGCACAGCAGUCGGUAGAGGCGCUGUCCUCUAACAUACGGAUCUCGCCGCAAAGCAGACGCCUCAAUUGCCGCAAGGCCAGCAGCGUGAUCAUCGUCAUUGCCAAUGAGCCGCAACGUCAGCGAGCUGCCCAGCAGCGCAACAACAACAACACGGCGAAUGGGAAUGGGAAUGGGAAUGGGAAUGGGAGUCGGAAUCAAGGCAAAGACGAACCGGCGAGCGGCUCAGCUAGAUCUGGCCAACGGAUCAGGAGCAAGGAGACACCGGAACAAGGUCGCAGCACGGGCAACUGGAUGUUUAGCCUGUGCUUUCACGGCCAAAAGAACAAAUGUGUGAUGCCUGGCGCUCAGCAAAUAUUUAUGACGUCACAAUUGUCCGCAACGACAUCAAUGGCGACGCCAACAACAACAACUACUACUACAACAACAACUGCAAUCGCAACCAUAACAACAACAAGCUGAACAGCCGCAGCAGCAGCAGUCGUGAAAAUAUUGCAAAAGCCAAAAUACUAACUGUAAACCUUAAGAACUGUUAAACGCCUAAAGCUUAACGCGAGCACACGCUCCCACUCCGCCACACAUACACUCGCUCAAUAUAUCGCCCUCAUCUCACUAUCUCGCUCUCGCUCUCGCUCUCGCUCUCUCGGUGUCGCUUUAUCCGUUGCCCUUGCGCACGUUUUAGCUUAGCUUCUAAGCGCGCAACUGUACUAAAGAAAAAACUCAACUGAAAUGUGUGCACUUUUAUAAAUAGAUUAAUAUCAAUUAUUUUAUAUAUAUGUAUCUAUGUAUAUAUCUGUAUACAUAUCGGU